CCAAUUUCUCGUCUUCUCUGACCCCCACCUCUCGAGUCUCGACCAAAACCCUAACCCCAUGGAUGAGCUAGCUACCGCCGGAGACGUCGCCGGCGCUGGGCCGGCGCUAUCAAAGAGCGCAAAGAAGAGAUUGAUGAAGCAGCAAAGGCUGGAGGCGCGAAAGGCGGAGCGGAAGGUAGCGGAGAAGGAGCGGCGGCGGCAAAACCUCGAGAUCCGCCGCCGUGAGUGGGACGAGAAGCUAUCUUCCGCGACGGAGGAGGAUCGGGCGCGGAUGGUGGAGGAACGGAAGGGGAUGAGGAAGGAGCGAAUGGGUCGGAGAGCGGAGGAGCGCGAGAUGAGGAUCCAACGGCUCACUAGAGCUAAAGAGACGGGUCCAAAGGUCGUGCUUGAUCUCGAGUUCUCUGACCUUAUGAGCUCCGGCGAGGUCCAUAGUCUCGUUCACCAGAUUAUGUAUUGUUAUGCAGUGAAUGGAAAGUGUCCAUCACCGGUCCAUCUCUGGCUGACAGGAUGCAAUGGUGAGAUUCAGGCGCAGUUAGAAAAGCUUCCCGGUUUUGAGAAGUGGAUGAUAGAAAAGGAGAGCAGGUCAUACAUUGAAACCUUCCAUGAUCAUAAAGAGAGCCUUGUGUAUUUAACAGCAGAUGCUGAAACCGUUCUUGAUGAACUUGAUCCUCAGAAAAUUUAUAUAAUUGGUGGAUUGGUUGAUCGGAACCGAUGGAAAGGGAUCACCAUGAAGAAAGCAACUGAUCAAGGGAUUCAAUCUGCAAAGUUGCCAAUUGGAAGUUACCUAAAAAUGUCAAGUUCACAGGUUUUGACUGUUAAUCAAGUAGUUGAAAUACUACUGAAAUUUUUGGAAACAAAAGACUGGAGAAGUGCAUUCUUUCAAGUGAUACCUCAAAGGAAAAGAGGUGAAAUUGAAAGCAAAUUGGAAGACAAUGAAUUCAAUGAAUCUGUAGUCAAUGAUAUACAGAAUCAGAAAGAAUCCAUAGUUGAUGAGGAUGAAGACGAUGAUGAUGAUGAUGAUGAUGAUGAUGAUGAUGAUGGAGUUGGAGAUGAAGCUGUAGCUGUAGAAGAAGAAGGUGUCUUGAUGAAAAAACAACGCAUUGGAGAAGUCACCAAUGCUGAGACCCAAAAACUGCUAUAAACUCUGUAACGUUUAGGGUUUCUUCUCUUGUACGUGUUUCUUUGGAGAGUUACAAGCUACCUUGAUGGAGGUAUUUUUGUGGUACUUCUUGUGUAAUGAGCAUUUGGAAAUUGACAAAAGGUAAUAGAGGUUGCAAGUUAUUUAUUGUUA